AUGCCGCAUUUGCACGAUGCUGCUCUCUUGUGGGCUGCACUCGUCAACAGGAAGGACCAUGCAUUUCUCGUUCGAGAAGCCCUCGGUCGCCUAUGGUCAAGGAGUCUUCAGGGCUCGCAAGUCGUCGAUGAAGCUUACAUCAAGGACAUGAUCCUUCUGAAAACCAUCAUUGACAUCCAACGUUCCCGCAUCCGCUCCGACCCACCGAGCCGAUUCAUUCUCUCAAUCAAUGACAUUCUCGAUUGUCUGGACUGUCUUUGUCAGGCCGGAGCAGCAUUACUCCACAGUUCUCAAGUCAAUAGCACAGGUCGUGGGGUUCUAGAGCUUUCUCAACGGGUUUUCUUCUCGGGAGUCCUGGCAGCUACUCUCACCAUUGAGCGAGAAGACAAUCGGAUGACGACAACAAGACAGCAAGUCUCUAGGCUUGAAAUGUGCAUCGACAAAUGGCCCUUGAAAGUUCUGUGUGGGCUAGCAGGAGACUGGUGCAUGGCCAUCCUCAAAGGCGCAGUUGAAGACCUCCGGGGAAGCACGAAUACUGACAGCUCUUGUGACGGACAUUUCGUCCUGGAUGCAACCGACUGCGACAAUUUCGCCUUCACGUUCGAUCUAUCAACGCGUGUACCUCAGGCUAUUGCAUGUGUUGCCAGAGGAUGUGUAUACGGGUACCGCAGUGCCCUACUUCUGGCUGACAUAAGAGUGAUGCUGAUCGCCGCAUACUUGGGAUGUGCGAAGAAUGAUUCUAAACUCGAGCUUUCAACCGACUCUUCGGCAAGUACUAUACGAAACCUUGGUUCAACAACACUCGUCACGGACGAGCUCAACACAGUGCUUGAGCAGUGCAAAACUCUUGAUGCAUACUGUGAAGACCUGCAGAGUGCCGACGAAGGACGGUCUCUGUCGAACUUUCUGACUUACAUUGAGCCUUGGCCCUCUUCCAGCGAAAUUGCCGAAAUCGUCAAUUGGAUGGGCCGUGCCAAUGGUGCUCAGGCAGUCUCAUCGAAUACGAGCACACUAUCAGCUCAUUAUCUACAGAUCGUUGAGGACCUCGAGCAUCGGAACUGGACUGUCGUUAACGCGGACGCGCCUCUGCUGCGGGUCUACAACCACCUGUCUGAGCAGGUCCGAACGUGGACCUCGUUGCGGGUCGAUAACGCCCCGUCACAAGAGCUUAAGGUUCCAGAUAGGAUGUUUUCACAAGUGGCAGACAAGUAA